AUGUUGCCAAAACGCACCCCCUCCCCGCCCCCUGCCCACCGCGCCCAGCUCCCUCCCGACCACUUCCUCGCCCUCGCCCCCUCCUUCAACCAGGGCAACUACGAGUUCCCCUCCGGCGCACCGUCCACCGCCUCGGCAGCCUCCAAUGGCCUUGCCCCCAACACUGCCUCCCUUGCUUCUGCCGAUUUCGAUGUCGAUGUCCGCACAGGAUUCUUGCCCCCGAGCAAGAAUGUAGCGAGGCUGUCGGGCUACUAUGAGAUGUGGGAGGAAGCGCUGGAUGCUGCUCGAGGCAGCGGCGUUGGCGAUGGGCUCCAAGUCGGCGGCAGGAGAGAGAAGGACCAGCUAUGGCGAGCUGGUGUGGCUUCUCUACCGGUAUUGCCCACGAGUGAUCUCUGUGCAUCGCUGCCCCAUCUCCGCAGGGCCCACGUCGUCCUCACUUUCCUCGCACACUUUUUCGCCCACACCUCUCCCCCGUCCACUGCCGAGCCCAAGGAGCCGGUCCCCAUCCCGGCGAGCAUCUCUGUCCCUCUCCUCGAGAUCUCCCGCAUGCUCGGCCUACCGCCCAUCCUCACUUAUGCCGACACGGUACUGUGGAACUUUCUUCCCGUCAACCCUGCUGUUCAGUCCUCGUUACCAGGGAACCCACCCCGUGAUAUCAUCACCACAUUCACCAACACCCGUUCCGAAGAGCAGUUCUACCUCAUCUCGUCACUAUGCGAGAUUGCAGGUGCCGAGGCUCUUGGUCUGAUGCGUCGAUCCCUCGACGAACUGUUCGUUGCAGAUGCGACUGCUAUUAGGAGACUGACAGUCUACCUUCGCAAGCUCGCAGCUCAGAUCGACCGUGUAGGGGACAUCACCAUGACCCUCAUGAAGGAGGUCGAUCCGGAAGACUUCUACCACUUGAUUCGGCCGUGGUUCCGCGGUGGCGAUGGCGACGGGCCUGGGAGUGCUGGAUGGGACUAUCUUGGUCUUGCCUCUGGUGAAGCCGAGUCUAGCACGCACGAGGCCGAGAGCGCAAGCACCCAAGGCCAACGCGGCAAGCUCUUUUCCGGUCCGAGUGCCGGGCAGUCGUCGCUCAUCCACGCUAUCGACGUAUUCCUGCUAGUCGACCACUCGCCGACAGAGGAAGAGCGCCGGGAAGCGAUGGAAGCGGCGGAGAACAGGCCAGAGGAGAGUGGAGCGAGUAUCCAGAUGGACAGUACGCCCGUCGGCGCUACCGAGGAGCAGGCUCCCGCGCAUGCGCUCAACAAGCCUAAAUCAGAAGCCACGUUCCUCCAGCGCAUGCUUGCCUAUAUGCCCCUCCCUCACCGCUCUUUCCUCAUCCACCUCUCCACUCACCCCACGCCGCUUCGGCCCCUCGUCAUUCACUGCGCCCAGUCGCACCCUGCUCUGGCAGAGGCCUACGAUGGGACGCUCGAGGCGCUGAGGCGCUUUAGGGAGAGGCACAUGAGGGUUGUCAGCAAGUUUAUUGUGCAGCAGGCGAGACGACAGCCGGGAGAAAGGGUCAGGGCGUUGUUGGGUGUGGAAGAGCCUGAGGAAGAGAAGAUAGAGGUAGACACGGGAGAGCUGAGAGGGACUGGCGGGACCGCGUUGUUCAAGUUUUUGAAGAGGUGCAGGGAUAACACUACAAAAGCGAUGGUCAGACCGACUGGCGCGGGCUACGAGCUAAAGUAA